AUGAGCAAAAUUCUUCCACUCGUUAAUAUUGGAUCUAAAUCGGGUAAAUUUAAAUAUAUUCUUGCACAAUUUGGACGUAAAUAUCUGAUUCGUGCUGAUCCAACAGUUGAUUAUCAUGAUAAACUUUUGAACAAACUUGAGCAAGAAGCAGGUGGACCGUCACAAGAUCUAUCGAUACUCGGUGGUGGAAAAAUCCAAGUUGAUUUUGAAAAGAAAAGCAUUAAUCUAUUUGGACAAUCAGAAGCAUAUGGUGCUGCUGAUCAUACAAGAUCGAAGACAAUACUUCAAGAAACAUAUCCUAAUUUUACCAUAUCAAUUGGUGAACCUGAUUCUGGUCCUAAGAAAUGA